GGCGGCGCCUUCUCUCCAGCAGCACGAUCAGACUCCAACAAGAACCACGGAAUGAAGCAGGUCGCUGUCGUGGCGCUUGUCGCCUGCACAGCAGCAGCCCUCUUCGUCUUCCAGUACAAGGAUCAGACUACCGUCGAGCUGCUCGAUCGCAAACUCACUCCCCAGGAGGCCAAGUUUGUGAAGCAUUCCAUCAGCACCCCCGAUGUUGAUCUUCACAGGGCCAAGCAGUUCAAGAGCGAGGAGAGCAUGAACGACAUGAACGCGUUCUAUGAUCGCAUGGCGAAGACUCUCAAGGUCCUUAACCACGAAGAGAAGAAGCCGAUGCUGAGGGCUAAGGGCAGCACCACCGCUGUGAGGAAGGACAUCAACAGCUACUUCAACAAGAUGCAAGUAGAGUCGCGCAAGCAAACCUCGUCGAACUUGAAGGCCCAUGAAGGAGAUGACAAGAAGGCGCUCAAUGAGAUCCAGAGCUACUUCGACGAUCUGAAUGCGCAACAAGCGAAGCAGAACAAACUGGACGAGGCAAGGCUGAGGGCCGAAAAGACUUUCCACUCCAAGCACGGCACUGCCAUUCAAGCCUUGAAGGACAUCAACAGCUACUUCGACAAGCUUCAAUCUCAGACUAAGAAAGAGGACUUGCGUCACAAGCAGGCUCUCGCAAAGAAGCGCUCGGAUCCGUACAGCUUCGUUGUGCCGUCGGCUGCCAAGAACCCGCACCAUGGCGAAGCUGUUCAUGUCCACAAGCAUGACGAGGAGGGGAUACAAGAGUCGACGGUGGCGUCAAGAAACGACAUCAACUCGUACUUCGACAACUUGAACAAGCAGGAAGCGAAGAAGAAUCUGCGCGACCAGCAGGAGCUCUCCAAGUACAAGCGCCAGGCGGUCCCGCGCACGCACUUGAGCGCUGCUCGAUCGCAACAGGAUCUCAACAGCUACUUCGACACCUUGAGGUCCACUGUUGCUGCCAAGGACGAGGCGGACAGGAAGAGGUUGCGCAAGGACCAGGACCCCGCAAACUUGCAGGAGGGCGUCAACUACGCGUCCAGGCAGGCAAAGGAAGCUCGCAAGGUCGCGAUGCUCAAGGCUGAGGCCGCGAAGAAGCUUCAGGCGAAGAAGGCAGCCCAGCAGAAGCCGCACAGGGCAGUAGGAGCUGUGUCAGGAGUGUGAGCGAGUUGAUGCCGAUAAGUCGCUUCGGGAGAUUUUGAUGCGAGGGGAGCAGGUCUUGCUUCACAGCAGUCUUCUACAAACUUUCGCACGGCAAUGAAAAAGUUUUCUCGCGGAG